CAUUUAGGAGGGAACUGGUCACAUGUGGCUGGCGACAGGGUGCGCGACAGUGUUGGCUUUGGUCCUGAACCAUUUCACACAUUCAGGUGCGUUUGAGGCUCCACGUGAAGGAGCUCUUCACUGCUCUGGGCUGAGGACCGCUCCGAGGAGCGUCUCUCGCUUCAAUGGCUGCGCGUAAAUGGGUUUGGAGUGCGUGCGCUGUGCUUGGCUUGGUGCUCAUCGCCAGUGACGGUUCGCGCUGCGCGGCGCCCCGGGAGGUCCCGCGCUUCGACGGCUGGUACAACAGCGUGAGCUCCCCGAGACGCGGCUCCGUGGGCUCGACCCUCGUGCGCCUCGUGCCCGCGCGCUACUGGGACGGAGUCUACCACCCUGUGCGCGAGCCGCUGCUGCCGAACCCCCGCAACCUGAGCACCGCGUUGACCGGGGGCCCCUCCGGUCUGCCCUCCAGCCGCAACCAGACCGUGCUGUCUCUGUUCUUUGGGUACCAUGUUACCUUUGAAAUCUUUGACUCGCGGACACCUGGGUGCCCACCUGAGUUCAUGGACAUCCUGGUCCCGAAAGGUGACCCCAUCUUUGACCCCACAUCCACUGGGAAAGUCCUGCUGGACUUCCAGAGAGGACCCUGGUACAAGGAGUCUGGCCAGAGCCCCAGUCAUCCUCGCCAGCAGGUGAACCUGGUGACAGCCUGGAUAGACGGGAGCUCCAUCUACGGCCCGUCCACGUCCUGGUCUGACUCCCUGCGGAGCUUCUCAGGAGGACUCCUGGCUUCCGGCGCCAAGUGGGACAUGCCCAGACAGGGCGGGGGGACGAAUCUGAUGUGGAGCGCCGCCGACCCCUCUACCGGAGAGACGGGCGAAGAGGACCUGUACGAGUUGGGAAACGCGUGGGCCAAUGAGAACAUGUUCACGGCGGCAGAGGGGAUUAUCUGGUUUCGCUACCACAAUUACGUGGCCUCCAAGCUGCACGAGGAACACCCAGAGUGGUCGGACGAGGAGCUGUUUCAAAGCGCCAGGAGGACGGUCGUGGCCACGCUGCAGAAUAUCGCUGUCUACGAAUGGCUGCCUGGAUACCUGGGAGGCAAAAAGCUUUCUCCUUAUCCAGGUUACCAGAAGUUUGUCGACCCAGAGGUCUCCCAUGAGUUCCUGACUGCUGCCAUACGGUUUGGAAUCACGAUGGCGCCGCCCGGUGUUUACAUGAGAAACAGAACCUGCCAUUUUCGGCAGGUUAUUAACUCGGACGGCAGCCUAUCGCCGGCCAUGCGUCUGUGUAACAGCUUUUGGAAGCGUAAGAAGCCUAAUGUGAAGUACGGCAGAGAUGUGGAUGACCUCCUCAUGGGCAUGGCCUCCCAGGUUGCAGAGAGAGAAGACAAUAUUGUUGUGGAGGACCUCAGAGAUUACAUGUAUGGACCCCUCAGGUUCAGUCGGUCAGAUCUGGUGGCUCUGACCAUUCUUAGAGGAAGAGACUUUGGCCUGCGAAGCUACGCUGAUGUCAGAAGGGCUCUGGACCUGCCUCCUGUCCAGACGUUCGAGGACAUAAAUCCAGAGCUUUCUCGCACCAACCCACAGUUACUCCAGAAUGUUGCAGAGCUGUAUGACGGGGACGUCUCCAAACUGGAGCUCUUCCCCGGAGGCCUGCUGGAGGCCCUGGACGGCCCCGGGCCAGUUUUCUCAGCCAUCAUCCUGGACCAGUUUGAGCGCAUCAGAAACGGAGACCGCUUCUGGUUUGAGAACAAGCAGAACGGCUUUUUUACAGAUCGGGAGAUCCAAACCAUCCGCAACACCACGUACUACCAGGUGCUCCUUGCGGUCACCAGGGCCGAGGCUGAUGAUAUACAAAAGAACGUGUUUUUCUGGAAGGAUGGCGACCCUUGUCCUCAACCUGUACAGCUGACUGCGUCCAUGCUGGCUCCCUGCACUAACGCCACCAAGCUCAAUUACUUCGACGGGAGCAGAGCCGGCUUCGGGAUAUUCAUCAUCGUCCUGUUCCUCUUCCCCGUUGUGAGCUUCGUGGUGGCGUGCAUGGUGGCGCGUCUACGCAAGUACAGGUACAGCAAGUUCCAGAGAAGAAGGAAAGGCGGCCACAAAGCGGAGGAGUCAGCGGUGGGAGUCAGCGCCUACGAGUGGCAGGGCUACGACAAACCCCUGCAUCCCGUCAGCCUGGAGGUGGACGAGAAGAGGCUGCAGGUUUUUGACAGAGCUGGGCCGUCCCUGCGCAGCUUCAGUCUCGGCAGCCAGACCCUGGACAUCCUCCUGUCCUGCGACCGUCAGUGUAAAGCCCUGCUGCUCAAAGUACCAACCGAGUACGACCUGGUGCUGUUUUUCGAUGACGAGGGCAAGCGUGCGGCUUUCGUCAAGUGCCUGCACCCGGGGGUGACAGACGACGGGCAGGAGAUCAGGGUGCGAGAGAUGAGGGAGCGGGAGCUGCUGCGGGAGGCUUUGACGAGGGAGCAGCGGGCUCAGAUUGUGGAAACCUUCAUUCGGCACGCUUUCGCUAAGGUCUUGGAAAUAGAGAAGAGUGAUGCCGGUGACAUGAGCGGUGUUUCCCAUGAGAAAGCCCGGGAGGUGCUCCGGUGCGAGCUGACGGCCUCAGAGUUCGCCGAUGCGCUGGGCCUCAAGGCCGAUUCCUUGUUCGUGGACUCCAUGUUCACGCUCGCGGACAAAGACGGAAAUGGUUACCUGUCCUUCCAGGAGUUCCUGGAUGUCAUGGUGAUCUUCAUGAAAGGAUCCUCCGAGGAAAAGUCCAAACUGAUGUUCUCCAUGAACGACAUCGGGGGAACCGGUUUCUUAUCAAAGGAAGACUUUGCCAGGAUGCUCAGGUCGUUCAUUGAGAUCUCCAACGGGGGUCUGUCGAAGAGCCAAGCGGACGACGCCAUUAGGACCAUGAUGGAGGCCGCCGGCUUCAAUGACAAGGAGAAGAUCUCCUGGGAGGACUUCCACUUCCUGCUGCGGGACCAUGAGAAGGACCUGCAGUUCGCUCAGCUCAAUGUUAAAGGGAUGGAGAAAAACGGCAGAAGGCGUCUGAAUCGAGACCAGCGCGUGUCCUUCAUCUGCCCAGCAGACAGCAACAAGGGAGACGGACAGGAGCUGCGGCGGCGGAUGAAGUUAAGCGUCAAGACGCCCAAAGUCUACGUGAAACCCAGGCGGGAGCAGUACGUCAGGAGCCCCAUUCGGCAGAAGGUGCAGGAGUUCAAGCGCUUCAUCGAGAACUACCGCCGCCACAUCGUGUGCGUCAUCAUCGUGUACGGCAUCGUGGCCGGCGUGGCGUUGGAGCGGUGCUACCACUACGGCCUGCAGGACUACUCCUCAGGAAUCCCCGAGACCUCCGUGGUGGGCAUCAUCGUGUCCCGUGGCUCGGCCGCCGCCAUCUCCUUCCUGUUCCCCUACAUGCUCCUCACCGUCUGCCGCAACCUCAUCACGCUGGGGCGAGAGACCUUCCUGAACCGAUACAUCCCCUUCGACGCAGCCAUCGACUUCCAUCGCUUGAUGGCCAUGACCGCCAUCGUACUGACUGUCAUUCAUAGUUUGGGCCACGUGGUCAACAUCUACAUCUUCUCCAUCAGCGACCUCAGCAUCCUCUCCUGUCUGUUCCCUGAAGUCCUCUCCAACAACGGAUCUGAACUUCCUCUCAAGUGGACGUGGUGGUUCUUUGAGACUGUACCAGGAAUGACCGGCAUCUUGCUCCUUUUCGUUUUUUCAUUCAUGUAUGUUUUUGCCUCACACUACUUCCGUCGCAUCAGCUUCCGUGGGUUUUGGGUCACACAUUACCUCUACGUCAUCGUGUACACUCUAGCAGUGAUUCAUGGCAGCUUUGCCAUUCUCCAAAAGCCUCGCUUUUACAUCUACCUGAUCCCCCCCGCGCUGCUCUUCCUGCUGGACAAGCUGAUCAGCUUGAGCAGGAAGAAGGUGGAGAUACCGGUGGUCCGAGCUGAGCUGCUGCCUUCAGGCGUGACACAUCUGGAGUUCAAGCGGCCGCAGGGCUUCGUUUACCGUUCAGGCCAGUGGGUCCGCAUAGCGUGCCUGAUUCUUGGCACAGAUGAGUACCACCCGUUCACACUGACGUCGGCGCCUCACGAGGAGACCCUGAGCCUGCACAUCAGAGCCGUCGGACCCUGGACCAGCCGGCUCCGCGAGCUCUACACCGAAGAAAGCCUGGUGGAGCUUGGAGGCUAUCCAAAGCUGUACCUGGACGGCCCAUUCGGUGAGGGCCAUCAGGAAUGGAUAGACUUCGAGGUGUCUGUCCUCGUUGGAGGAGGAAUUGGAGUCACACCUUUCGCGUCCAUCCUCAAAGACCUGGUGUUCAAGUCAUCUAUCAAGUCCAAGGUUCUGUGCAAAAAGGUGUACUUCAUCUGGGUGACGCGAACGCAGCGUCAGUUCGAGUGGGUGUCGGACAUCAUCCGGGAGGUGGAGGAGAUGGACACACAGGAGCUGGUCGCGGUGCACACGUACAUCACUCAGGUGGCCGAGAAGUUCGACCUGCGCACCACCAUGCUGUAUGUGUGUGAGCGCCACUUCCAGAAGGUGUGGAACCGCAGCCUCUUCACUGGUCUGAGGUCCGUCACCCACUUCGGCCGUCCGCCCUUUGUGUCCUUCUUCAGCUCGCUGCAGGAAGUUUACCCUGAGGUGGGUAAAAUCGGUGUGUUCAGCUGCGGACCCCCCGGACUCACCAAGAACGUGGAGAAAGCUUGCCAGCAGAUGAACAGGAAGGACCAAGCCCAUUUCAUGCAUCACUACGAGAACUUCUGAGAGGAGACGUCUCCUCUGCACUAGAAUUAGAGCACAUGGUUGAAGAUUAAUGAGACACUUUAUUCUGGAAACAUAGAUUACUAUUUUCCACAACCUUUUUGAUUUUAUGUACCAAUAAAUACUGAAAUCAACAAUAUUUGCUGCUAAUAAAAAAAUAAAUACAACUUAGCCUCUGUAUGAUUUCUAAUCACACCUUAUUUUUGUAUUAAUUUCAAUUAAUCAUUUUUUUAAUUGGCUGUUUGGGUCUGAUGUAGCAGGAAUUAGUUACAUUCUAAAUUGUAUGUGUUUUGUCUAGUUUGUGUGAAAAUUUGGAAAAAAUAAAUGUUUUAUAAUUGAA